ACUAUAUUCUUGGCCAGAUUCCAGCAGCCAAGCUUGUUACUGUCAAGGUUCUCGCCCAUAUCGCAAUGAAAAUGAAGGAAACGGAUACGUCUUACGUGAUGGCAUUUGCCGGUCCAUCCGGACAUGGGAAGACCGAGCUGGCGAAACAAAUGGGAUCUCUCCUGUCCGUUGAGACGACACUCAUUGAUACAGCCUAGAUGAGAGGGGACUGGGACCUGUUUGGAACUCGAAACGGUUACAUUGGCUCAGAAGGAGGAUCAUCUCUCAACAACUUCCUUGCUAGCAACAGUGGGCAGAGAAGCGUAGUGUUCUUGGACGAGUUUGACAAAACUGCACAAGAAGUUCGUACUUCGCUCCUUACGGUCUGCGAAUCAGGCAAGUACGAGGAUAGGCGCCACAACACCGCUAUCGACUGCUCUAGAACAAUCUGGAUUAUGGCGACCAACCUCGGAAAAUCCCUCAUCGAAACGUUCUACGCGAAGAAAAUGGACAACAAAUCCGACGAAGAGCGCGACAAGGUUCCCAUAAAACCUCUGCAAGACGAUCUGAAGAAACUCUUCAGCAAACAUUGGAAGCCUGCUCUUGCGAGCCGAAUAAAAUUGAUCGUCCCAUUCUUUCCCUUCAGCCGGGGCGAAGCCGCAGUGGUAACACAUAAGUUCUUCUUGGAUUUGUUCGAUCAAGUCAAAAAACCAGUCGUGAUACGGCCCGGGCAACACCACUGGGUAGGACAUUGCCAUUUGACUGGGAAAGGUACAGAAAUCUGCGAGUACAUCGCUAAAGAAGAGUAUGAGUGGGCAUUCGGCGCCCGAGUGCUAAACGAUGCGGUCAUCGCUAUUGCGAACGAUCUUUUCAUCUCAUACACCAGAGUCGAUCGAGAUGAAGAGAUUACCGAAGAGACGAACAACGGGCCUUUGCAGAGGUUCGAUGUCCAACUCCGCCCUACGUCGGAUGGCAAUUCGGAGGCUAUCGUGCUGCACAAGGGACAUACCGUGUUGCCAGUGGAAUGGAAGUAGACUGGGAUUCAAGAAGCUGAGAUGGGCGGCGGGGACGUCGGACUGUCUGUGGAUUAGCUAUUAUGGUAC